AUGUGGCUCAGCGAUACGCAAAAAAUCGGGAUUGCGCUUGUCGCGUUUGGGAUCUUCUUCCAAUUCCUGGGUAUAAUGCUCCUCUUUGACGGUCCAUUAUUAGCGCUGGGAAAUAUCCUCUUCGUGUCCGGUCUCCCACUCAUCAUCGGCCCCACCAAGACCUUCUACUUCUUCUCACGGCGGGAAAAAUGGAGAGGGACCUUGUGCUUCUUUGGCGGCAUUCUCUUGGUAUUCUGCAAGUGGCCCAUAACAGGUAUAGCUAUCGAAUUUGUCGGUUUCGUAGGGCUGUUUGGAUCCUUCUUCCCGGUCAUUCUCCAGGCGUUGAGGCAAGCACCGAUCAUUGGGACUUUCCUCUCUUUGCCAUAUAUCCGACAGGGAGCAGACAGAUUGGCAGGUGUCAGGCAAAGCGCAGUAUAG